AUGUCCUCCGCACUGUCUGCCGAUACAACGGCUAAGCUGUGUAAUAUCAUAGAUGAGUAUACAUCUGGAACUAGUAACCGCAAGAUCCCGGGUCUCAUCUACACAGCUUUUCGGCGCGAUGGAACAAGCAUCUACCGACAUUGCUCUGGCACCGUCGGCAUAAGGUACAAUGAGCCUAUGUCCUUUGACACCAUAUUUUGGCUGGCUUCCUUUACGAAGAUGGCUACCUCAGUUGCCUGCAUGCAGCUGGUGGAACAGAAUGUCUUGCGGUUAGACGAUGCUGACCAGAUAGACGGCAUCUGUCCGGAGCUGAGAGACGUCAAAGUUUUGACACGCGGGGCUUCAGGGAAGUUUGAAUUGGUUGAGAAGAAGAGAAGAAUAUCACUUCGCAUGCUCCUGAAUCACACAGCUGGAUUUGGUUACGCCUUUGAAGACGAUAAUCUGGCCGAUUUUACCAGGCCGAUUGGAUCGGAUGAUUUUUCAGGAAUAUCGGUGGAAAAGUCCAACAGACCACUUGUGAAUCAACCCGGAGAGAAGUUUCAAUACGGAACAUCAAUGGACUGGGUUGGAGUAAUCAUUGAACGUACUUCUGGAGUAUCGCUGGACACUUACUUCAAGGCUAAAAUUUUCGAGCCUCUUGGAAUGAAAAGUGUGACAUUUCAUCCCUCUGCUGAGGCCAAGGCAAACCUGGCGUUCAUGCACAGGAGGCUUCCGAACGGAAAGCUCACAUAUGCGGAUCACCUCUAUCAGCGCCCUCUGGUAGAAGAGAACGUUCCUUGCGCGGGAGGCCAUGGAUGCUUUGGAAAACCAGCAGAAUUCGAGCGACUUAUAUCACUCUUGCUGAACGACGGAACAGAUCAGAUCUCAGGUACAAAGUUAUUGGAACCUGAGACAGUUCAAGAGAUGUUCAAGGAUCAAAUUCCCGACAAGCCGCGAUUCAGUAACGUUUGUGUUCCGGUGGCAAAACCCGAGCUGGCGAACCCGACUCCUCUCAACCCAAUGCCGGAUGAUCACACCGAGGGCUGGGGAUUCUCCUUUUCCAUUAGCCAUUUCGCAGAGCAAACGGGUCGAGCCCCAGGGACGGCAGUUGCUGGCUGCCGCGACAGCCAGAUUGCGAGGCGCUGGCCUCGCUGGCUGCAAGUGGUCGCUGCAGCCCGACCUCAGCUGUAG